GCUGGUCCGUUUCCUAACGCGACUUCCGCUUCCGGGCUCCCGGCCGGAAGUAAGCUGCAGAUGAUGAAAAAGAAGCGCGCCGCGGCUGAUUCCGGAAGAGGGUGGCGUGCUGCGUGAACAUGGGGAAGCAAAAAAAAACGAGGAAGUAUGCGACCAUGAAGCGAAUGCUGAGUCUCAGAGAUGAGAGACUUAAAGAAAAGGAUAGAUUAAAACCAAAGAAGAAAGAGAAGAAAGAUCCCAGUGCACUCAAAGAAAGAGAAGUCACCCAGCACCCUUCCUGCUUAUUCUUCCAAUAUAAUACGCAACUGGGCCCACCGUACCACAUCCUGGUUGAUACCAACUUUAUCAACUUCUCUAUUAAAGCCAAACUGGACCUUGUGCAGUCGAUGAUGGACUGUCUGUAUGCCAAGUGCAUCCCUUGCAUAACUGACUGUGUAAUGGCUGAACUUGAGAAGCUGGGACAGAAAUACCGAGUGGCUCUGAGGAUCGCCAAGGACCCGAGGUUUGAACGCCUGCCUUGCACACACAAAGGCACCUAUGCAGAUGACUGCUUAGUACAGAGAGUAACACAGCACAAGUGCUACAUUGUGGCCACCGUAGACAGAGACCUUAAAAGAAGAAUCCGGAAGAUCCCUGGCGUCCCCAUCAUGUACAUUUCUAACCACAGGUACAACAUUGAGCGGAUGCCAGAUGACUACGGAGCCCCUCGGUUCUAGCAAAACAAACUUCCUCUGCCGCCCUUCUUCCAGUUCUGUUACUCAUUCAUUAAACAUGUAACAACAGGCGCCAGGUGGUGCGACACACCUGAUUGAGUGCAUAGUACCAUGCACAAGGACCUGGGUUCAAUUCCUCAGUCCCCACCUGCAGGAGAAAGCUUCACAAGCAGUGAAGCAGUGCUGUGGGCAUUUCUGACUUCCUCUCUCUCUCCCUCUCUAUCCCCCAUCCCUCUCAAUUUAUCUCUGUUCUAUAAAAUAGUUUAAAAAAUAAUUAAAAAAAAAAAAAACAUGUAAGGGGCCAGGUGGUGGUGCACUUGGUUGAGUGCACACACUACAGUACACAAGGACCCAGGUUCAAGCCCCUGGUCCCCUAAUUUAAAAAAAAAAAAAAAAAGUUGGGAGUCAGGCAGUAGCACAGCGGGUUAAGUGCAAGUGGCGCAAAGCACAAGGACCAGAGUAAGGAUCCUGGUUUGAGCCCCCGGCUCCCCACCUGCAGGGGAGUCGCUUUACAAGCGGUGAAGUAGGUCUGCAGGUGUCUGUCUUUCUCUCCCUCUCUCUGUCUUCCCCUCCCCUCUCUAUUUCUCUCUGUCCUAUCCAACAAUGAUAACUACAACAAUAAAAAACAACAAGGACAACAAAAGGGAAUAAAUAAAUAUUUUUUAAAAAAAACCUUGUAAUAGCAGAUUUAUGACUCUUAUUCCACUCACUCUUUUACUUUUGUGAAUUAUGGUUAAAUAUACUCACUUUUGAUGCUGCCUUUGAAAAUAAUAUUUUGUAUCUUGAAAUUUGUUUGAAUCUUUUUAUAAAUCUGAUGCUUGUUGACAUAA